GAAGUACUGCUGCAAUGGAGAAUGUAUAUUAUUAUAAGUAAUAAUAUGAUUUUGAGUGGACCAGAAGAGUACAACGGAAACUUGAAUUACAAUGUCCAAUUCGACGCCCACCCCGGAGGGCGUUCAAUCUUCUUCCAAAUUAUCCCCGGCGGAUUUUCGUAUUUACAACCGCCUCGCGGAGCGCAUGGAUUUGUUCCACAAUAACUUCCGCCAAUCCUGGACCAUCCUCUACAACGCCUGUACCUCAAAACGUCGCCCCAAACAUCUCUCCAUCCACAAAUUCCUCACUAUCGGCCUAGAUCUCUGCGCCCAUCUCGAGGUUCACCACGCUAUAGAAGAGCAGUCCAUAUUUCCCCACCUUGCACAGCGCAUGCCCGCGUUCCGGAAGGGCGUGGGGCUUAUCGACCAGCAUAGGCAGAUUCAUGCGGGUUUGGAGAAGUUGAAUGUGUACUUAGAGGAGUGUAAGGGUAGGGAGAGGGAAUUGAGGUUAGAGGAGCUGAAGGCGGUUAUGGAUGGGUUUGGGGAUGUGUUGUGGAGGCAUUUGGACGAGGAGGUGAGGGAGUUGGGGGCGGAGGAGAUGAGCAAGUAUUGGAGUUUGGAGGAGAUGAGGAGGAUGCCGAUGUAGGUACGGGAGAUGAGCAGAGUACGUUAGAUGGACUGGGAAGUUUUGCAUAACUACUAGAGUGCUGUACGUAUGGUGGGAAACACAAUGCUUCCCCCACAAUUAAACUAAUGUGGAUGAUAAAACAUCUGAAAGGGUGGCCUGGAUUGCAAGACGUGCAUCAAAGAGGCCUGAGUCAAACCACUGAAUAUUCUUAAU